AUAAACUGAGUUUCCUCGUUCUCCACCUGCCAACGUCCAAACGAGUCCUAGGGCAAUGGCUUCCAACUCUUACUUUGUCAUAAUUGGAACACGAGACAACCCACUGUACGAAGCCGAAUGGGGUCCACAAGCGCGGGGUGAAGGUGGAAAGAAAGAGGAGCAUAAGCAUUUGAAUCAGUUCAUUGUCCAUGCGGCACUGGAUGUUGUGGACGACUUGAUGUGGGGAACGAACUCCAUGUACCUUAAAGUGGUAGACAAGUUCAACGAAUGGUACAUUUCGGCGUAUAUAACAGCGAGUGGUGUCCGUUUCAUGCUCUUACACGAUGCAGCAAACACGGACGGAAUACGCAAUUUCUUUCAAGAUACCCACGAACUUUACAUCAAGACACUCUUAAAUCCCUUUACCGAAAUUAACGCACCAAUAACAUCGGCAUCGUUCGAUACAAAAGUCCGAGCUUUGGCGCGGAAAUGGCUGUAAAUAUCAUACCCAUUACUUUAAUAUCCAUAUCAAAGCUGCAAAGGUUGUUUUUCAUAACUGUAUUGUAAACAUGCCACCUCGUCCAUCCCUCAUU